AAAACCUGUCCAGUUCAAAACCCUUCCCUCAAUAUCCAACCACCGCAAUCCCUUCUCCCGCCACCCACUUAUCCCCUUCAUCCCUGGUGCCUUUGGCACGCAUGUAUUAUUCUCUUCUUUAAUUCAUAUUUCUGAACUAUAGCAUACUGCGUGCUUAUCGCAGCUCACAUUCCCCUCGCCAUGUCUGAAUUUCUUGGAUCCCGUAUCUCCCUUAUCUCCAAAAGCGACAUCCGUUACGUUGGAACUCUGCACGAGAUCAACUCGGAAGAAUCUACCGUUUCUCUCGAAAACGUUCGCUCCUUUGGCACAGAAGGACGAAAGGGCAAGCCCGAUGAAGAGAUUCCCGCAUCUGACCAGGUCUACGAAUAUAUCGUUUUCCGCGGCAGCGACGUUAAGGAUCUCCGAAUUGAGGACCACCCUAGCAUCAAAGAGAACAAGCCCCCCGUUCCCGAUGACCCUGCGAUUGUAGGCGCUCGAGGACGCGCCCCCCCUGGUCCUGGACCUAACCAAAACAACCAGCCUCCUGGUCCUGGACAAUUCCCCCCAGGACAACCUCCCAACAACUUUUACGGCGGAGCACCUCCUCCCGGACAAGGCCAAUGGGGUCGCGGAGGACCUGGUCCAAUGGCCGGGCCUCCUCAUGGACCUCCUCAGUUCGGCAACAUGCCUUACCCCCCUCCUCCAGGAUGGUAUCCUCCAGGCCAAGGCUUCCCACAAGGCGGCCCGGGCGGUCCUGGACAAUGGCAAAACCAGCCGCAGUUCCCUCAAGGCGGACCCAGAAACGGACCUCCUCCUCAGGCUCCGGCAAACAACAAGGCACAGCCAGGCGCUGGCCAAGCUGCCAACGAGCCGAAGCAGCAGGCACAGAAUGCGCGCCAACCUGUCGAAGCACCAACACCACCCGUGGAAUCGAAGCCUUCUGCUGAAGCUGUUAAGGCUGCCGCAAAGGGCGCCCAAGAUGCCGGCAAGCCUGCUCCUGUGGACAACCGUGUUAAGCCAGUUAUGCCACUCCCUGCUGGCAGAGCUGCACCGAACUCGGUACAGGACGCGACCAAUGCAGCUAGAGCUGCUGUUGCAGUGGCUAUGGCCCAGCUCGGAAACCCUACCGCAAACCCCAUGGAUAACCUUACAAACAAGGUCAACGAAAUGCGGGUAAACGCUGGUCGUGGCGGCCACUCUGGCCGUGGUCGUGGCCGUGGAGGAAGACCUCCUGUUAGCAAAGUUGAAGUCCCAGACUCUGAUUUCGACUUUGCGCAAUCAAACGCCAAGUUCAACAAGGACGAGAUUGUCAAGGAAGCCGAUGGCCAGACUGGUGCAACGGCGGAAGAAGCUGAGGCUCCCGAGCAGGCAGCCGAUGCUCCUCCUCCUGCUUACAGCAAGGCGUCAUCCUUCUUUGACAACAUCUCCAGUGAAGCCAAAGAUCGUGCCGAAACUGGUGGUCAAAGACCUGGUGGCCGUGAAUGGCGUGGCGAGGAGCAGCGUAAGAACAUGGAGACGUUUGGCCAGGGCAGCGUUGAUGGCGGCUACCGCAACUACCGUGGCCGCGGCCGUGGUGGCCGUGGCAGAGGCUACAACCGUGGUGGCCGUGGCGGUGGCCGACCUCAAUAUCAGACGACUGAACUUUGAUUUCUUUGUUUAUGGAAAUGGUGAUUUGGGUGAUUUCGGAAGCAGGUCCUACCGACAGCGUUUGACUUGAAGAACAUGGUUAUGUUUCUUUUAUUUUACAUCGAUUACGAGUUACUGAAGUAUUAUACUGGAGUUUGGAUGGAUUUCGAUGGGGGUGGAUAUGAUGAUUCACGACAUUGUCGAUUUUUAUAGCAUGUUUAUAGGAUUGCGGAUUUCCCUUGGAACAGGCAAGAAUGAGGCUUGGGCUGCUCAUUUUGUAGGAUGAGGCAAUUGGAAUGGAGGGCUAAAAGGAGUUUCAUGUCUUUUUUUCAAAUCCAAACAAAAGCGCAGUCCCCCCCUUUUUUUUUGGACUGAUUGUCUAAACU